AUGCAAUCCGACUUAUUCAAGCAGGACAUAUCGAACUUAGCGGCUCAACGUCCGCUACAAAAAUCAAGCUUGCUCGUGGCGCUCAAUCCGUAUUUGGAUGCUCACGGAAUUCUCCGUGCGGGGGGAAGACUGCGCCACUCCCAUCUCCCAGAAGCGGUGAAACACCCGAUCCUGCUCCGAUCUCAUCCCUUCUUGACACUCCUCAUUGAGCAUCACCACCUUCGCACAAUGCACGGAGGCCCGCAGCUCACGCUUACGUCCCUGCGCGCGGAAUAUUGGAUCUUGCGCGCUCGCGCAACCGUGCGUGUGGUACUCCACAAAUGCGUACGAUGCGCUCGCGAAUCCGCCAAAAUCGCAACCGAGCUCAUGGGAGACCUAUCGGAGAUGCGAGUUAAUCGAGUUUCCCGCGCCUUUAUUCAUACCGGUGUCGACUACGCAGGUCCGAUCGCAAUUCGAAUCGCCCCUGGUCGCGGACAUAAGUCACACAAAGCUUAUAUUGCGCUAUUUAUUUGUCUUACUACAAAGGCGAUACACCUCGAGCUUGUCAGCGAUUACACCGCCUCGACGUUUAUCGCCGCGUACCAUCGAUUCAUUUCGCGACGAGGCCGACUCCAAAGACUUUACUCCGACAACGGAACAACAUUCCACGGAGCCGACCGCGAAAUGUCCGAAGCACAUUUCAAAGCCAUUCGCGCGCCAAAUUUUCUCAACACGCUAGCGAGCGAGAAAACGUCAUGGCACUUUAUACCUCCCGCCGCGCCGCACUUCGGCGGCUUGUGGGAAGCCGGAGUUCGAAGCUUCAAACACCAUUUAAAACGCUGUAUCGGUACCCAUACAUUGACGUACGAGGAAUUGACGACCGUCCUCUGCCGAAUCGAAGCGUGUCUAAAUUCGCGGCCAAUCGCCGCCACCUCCGAAGAUAUUGACGACUACAAUGCGUUGACCCCAGGGCAUUUCCUUAUCGGAACUCCUCUGAUAGCGCUACCCGAACCAAGUCUCCUCGACUACAACGAAAACCGCCUAUCGCGCUGGCAAUUAACGCGACAGAUCACUGAGGGUUUUUGGAAGUCAUGGUUAAGCAACUACUUGCAAACCCUUCAGCAACGCCCAAAAUGGCGCGUCGCGCAACGUCUGGCCCGUGAAGGCCAAUUGGUACUUGUGCGCAAUUCGUUAGCCCCUCCGAGUCAUUGGGAGCUCGGAAGGAUUCGGAAAUGCCAUCAUGGCAGCGGUGGUUUAACUCGCGUCGAUAAAAUUUUUGAGCACUGA